UCUGGCUUCAGUCCUCCCGGGUCCGUGGCCUACGCCUCCAAAGUUCCGGGAAGCGGGGGCGGGGCUGCAGCCCCCAGCCCCGCCUCUUCCCUCGGGGACCCAUGUAGCUCUGGGGGAGCAGCGGGUGCUGAGCUAGGGGCCCGGGGCCAAUCCGGCCUCAAUUUCCUCCCCUGGCCUGGGAACCAUUAGUGUUGGGAAACGCCCCCCGCCCCCUCAGGGUCAUGAUCUGGGCUAAGGUCAGUCUCCUGGGCGGUUCCUUUAAGCACCUGGGUUCACCCUGACUCCGCCCCCUAGGUGAGCUCGGGGGACCCGCCCCUUCCCAGCUGGGCAGGCCACCUACGGCCACUGGGAACCUCCUCCCUCCCUUCCUCCCUUCCUGGCCACCCAGCCCCCACAGCCUGGGUCCGGGGGGUCUACUCUGGGCAGGGGCUUAGGUGUCCCGACACCUGCCUGCCUCCACUCUUCCUCGAAAUGAAUCCAGACCUUGGAGCCUUCAGCUCCUGCCUUCCAGGAGCUCUCCCUUGACCCCAGCCCUCUCAGAACCCAGGGGCCAUCUCUUCCCUGGUCAGGCAAGUCCCUGGACUCAGUAUCCAAGCUUGUCCCUCUGACUCCUGAGCCCUUCCCUGCCGGAGCCUCUCCCUUCAUCUUUGGCCUCAAGUAGGAGAUGCGAUAUAUGACUCUGGGUCAGGGAGCAAGGUCCGGGGAAUUCCGAGUUGGGGGUGGAGAGGCUGAGCUGGAAGCCAGUGGCUCUGAUCCGCCUGCCAGCCCGCCAGCCGGCCAGCAAGCCUGCCUGCCAGCCCGCUCAGCCCUGGCCCUGAGGCCCCCUAGUGGGGAUUUCCUUCUGGUGCUACUCAGGUGUACAGGUGCAGGAGCCCAGACACUAACCCUAUCGCCAGAAUGACCUGCUGCCUUUUGGGGGCUCCCUAGGUUGGUCCUUUCCACCCCGAUAUGAGGGGCUCCCCCUUCCUGCUACUGCUAUAUGUUGGGCUGACUUCUCCAGCUCCCCAGCCUGAUCUGAGGAAAAGUCAUGGUCCUGAUGCUGGCCCAGACCCCACAGAUGUGUUCUUAGGCGCCCCCAGAGCCCAGAGUUUCCUGGGGGUUGGGCCUGCACCCAGGCGUGUUCCCCGGGCUAAUCACUGGGAUUUGGAGCUGAUAACUCCUGGGAACUUGGAACGGGAAUGCUUAGAGGAACGCUGUUCCUGGGAAGAAGCCCGGGAGGUCUUUGAAAACAAGGCCUUGACGGACAAGUUCUGGGAGACCUAUCCCUACAAUGGGAAGGGCGGCGCUGCCCAGGGACGCGUGGAUGUAGCAGCGCUGACUGUGGGGCUGGGGGCUGGCCUACUGGUGUUGCUCCUGGCAGCCCUGGGCACACUCUGGUAUCUGCAUAGGCAGAGGCAGUUGGGCCGAGGCCCCGGGACCUCUCCUCAAAGAGCCUUCUUGGUGACGGAGGAGCUGCCCCUGAGUCCCUUGCCACCUCCCCCCGGUCUCCCCACUUACGAACAAGCACUGGCAGCCUCAGGGGUGCACGACGCGCCCCCCCCACCCUAUCAGAGCACUCGGCGGGCCCGCGGAGAAGACCACCUCCCCCUCCCUCAGGCCAGUCCACGCUACUCUGGCCGCCCCGGACGGGGCUGGAAAGGAUUUGCCCUCCCCCGCGGGCCCCGGCCCCCUUCGGCCACCCUGACAGGCUCCCUAGAGCACUAG